AUGAGGAAACUCGCGUCACUCCAGCAGCUCAAGUCUGAGACUUCACUCCUGAGGCUUGAAGCUGCCCUCGAGGCAGGGAACAAUCUCCUUCGAGAAAUUAAAUCUGCUUUUGCUGACGCAACUAGCGUUGUUGAGGUUGCUAAAUGGGUCAAGCAGGCUGAUGACCUCCAGGCACAGUCCCGCAAGCAAAGAACAGUUGUCGGUGUUGUCGGUAGCACCGGUGCUGGCAAGAGCUCCAUGAUAAAUGCCGUUCUAGACGAGGAGAACCUGGUGCCGACGAAUGGCAUGCGCGCAUGCACUGCCACGAUCACCGAAAUUCAGCACAAUGAAACGGAGGAUGAGCAAGCGGCCUAUAGGGCUGAAAUCCAUUUCAUUCAUGCGAAUGACUGGAUCGGAGAACUUCAGGCUCUCCGCGAGGACCUCAAAGCACCAGGCAACGACAUUGUUGGAGCAGAGCAGUUGGGCAGCGAGCCUCGAGCUGCUGUUGCCUAUGACAAGAUUAGAUCUGUUUACCCGCAGUUGAGUAAAGAGGAUAUUACAAAGCUUGAAUUCUCUCCGGAAGCCCUGGCACAGCAGGCCCCCGUGAAGGAUGUGCUUGGUACCGUCAAGGUGAUUACGGCACCAACAAGGAGCGCGUUUACGGACCUUUUGCGGGAGUACAUCGACUCCAAGGACCGACCUGGUCUGCAUGAUUCCAAUGCCGCCAGAUCCGCAGUGGCUGCCACGCACUUACAACAAUGCACAGGCCUAUGGGUUGUUGCCCCCAUUACGCGUAUUGUUGAUGACAAGGUCGCACAAAAUCUCCUUGGGAUGUCUUUCAAGAGGCAAUUGCAGUUCGACGGACUCUACUCAACUGUAACUGUCGUCUGCACCAAGACAGAUGAUAUCUCGGUCACGGAGGCUUUGAGGUCCAUGCCGAGGGAACAUUCGAUACAUCUGGAUUACAGGACCAUGGCUAUACUAAAGGAAGCCGAGGAGCGGCUGAUCAAGGAGUGUUCUCUGGUCGAUAAGCGCAUUGAGGACCUCAUUGUCCUUAUUGAUAGUCUUGAUGAAGAGGUCGAGCAGCUGGAGCUUUCACUUGACUCCCAGGACGAUGAAACCCUUAUACACGGGACGGCGCAGCAAGUCACAAGUACUUCCUCUUCCGGGGAAGACGGUCUCGAUGAUAGCGCCGGGUGCCAGGAAAAAAGGGUUGAUUCCAGAGAGGAAGCAAUCCGGCGGCUGGCGUCUCUUCGAGCAGAGAAAAAAGCCCAUCGUGCCGAGAAGAGUGAUCUGCAAGACAAAGCGAAAUCCCUACGUGAGGAUCUGGACAAAACAAGGAUGGAGAUUGGGAGUCUCCAAUCUGGCAUCAAGAGCGCUUGUAUUCAGUAUCGCAACCAGUACUCGCGGCCGGUGAUUCGGCAACAGUUUGCUGAAGGACUCAAAGAGCUUGAUGAGGAGAGUCUUUCCACUCGGGGUGAAGACGGACACGGCAACUCCUACACGCCCAGAGAUUAUCAAGCAAUCGCUGCCAGGCUUCCUGUUUUUUGCGUCUCGGGCCGUGCUUACCAGAAAAUGUCCGGCAUGCUCAGAAAUGACGAGCCAACGACCGGAUAUCUAUCCCUUGAGGAGACGGAGAUCAUAGCUUUGCAGGAGCAUGCCCAAAGAACAGUCGCUAGUACACGCACCGAUAUCUGCCACUGGUAUCUCACGAACCUCUAUAGCCUUGUCACUGAACUAAUGGUGCAGGUUCUCAUCGCUGACAAACCACUUGACUUGGCGAAGGACUUGAAGGACGAAGAGCUUGAUUUCCUAGAAAAAUCUUUGAAAGAGCUGUCUGAGAAAAUGCAUUCCGCUAUUGAAGAGGCAGUCAACAAGUGCGACCUUGCGAUACGGGAUGCCUUGGACGACAAUCUUGACUCAGCUGCUGCUCGCGCAUCCACGGCUGCGCCCAGAAUAGCAACAUCAUGGGGAAUGCCAAAGCGUGAAGGAGGCAUUCCCUUUCCCACGUAUCGAGCUACUUGCGUGCGAGAUGGCGAGUACACAGGACCCUCUGGCAGAACGGACUUCAAUGAAGACCUAUGCCUGCCGUUAAUGAAGCAUAUUGCCAUGCCGUGGGAGCGCACCUUCUCCCACACAAUCCCUCAUAUCAUCCAGUCGUUGGGCCAGGAUCUGUCCCAAUGUCUUUCUGAGUUUCAAGACCAGAUGCACAGACGUCCACAGCUGAAGAACUCCGCGUCGUACGAAUUGGUGAGCUGCCGAGUCAAGAACUAUGCGGAGUCGCUGCAAAAGGCCGUGAAAUUCAGUAAGCUUAUUCAGUCUGAUGAUCAAAAAAAGGCGAAUCGGUCUUUCAAGCCGGCAGUCCAGAAAGCCAUGCAGAAAGCAUAUAACUUUUGCAAAGCAGAGAGUGGUGCUGGUUCGUUUGAGCGUAUGAAGGGCUACAUAGCCAAGCAAGUGCGAAACGAGCAAAAAACAAUGUUCAACUCAGCAGUCGAUGCUGCUCAGGACAGCCUUGAGGAGCUGCUCGAUAAGCUUCAAAAAAGUAUCAAGUCCGAAGUAGAGCUGGUAAUUCGCCAGGUGUCCGACGACUACAAGCAUGUCAUCGAGGACCACAAUGUCCUCAAGGCUUUGACCUCAGCUCAGAAAGAGAUUAGGAACUUGCUCGAUGACCUCGACAGCCGCUUUCUACCGGUGCUCGAAAUGCCGGUCAGCACCACAGUUGGCCACGACAACAAAGGAGCCGAACCUGCUGACGAGCUUGCCCUCAUCACUUCUCCUUCUGCUUCUGCUGUUUUGGAAUACGGGGCUGAGCAAGGCACUAUCAAGCACGAAGCGCCUCUCCCUAAGGAGGGGGUGGACAGCGAAAUGGCCGACUUGGCAAGCACAUCUGAAGAAGCCGCCAAAGGAUCGCCUACCGCAUCGGUUCCUACGAAACCGAGCUUCUCUCUGAACCAAGGUUCUGACUGAUAAAGCCGCUGCUCGUGCUGUGUCUUCCUGUCGUAGCGAAUUCUUAUAUCCUCCCAGGACCAAAUUCGGCUCUGCUACGGCUUCCCCCGAGGAAUUGUUCCGCCUCACUCGUGUUGUGACGGGUGGCUUGGGAUCUGGAGAGAAUGGAGGAUUUAACAGGCAAGACUAUGAGUAGAAAAGAUUGCCCUUUGCCAUUGCGCAGACAAGCGGAUUUUCACAAAAAAAACUUCGUUCUGAUUGCCUUCGAUUCGGUUAGUUAACAGUCAAACCUAAGGGCGUGUUCGUUCCGGCAGUAAGUAGUACAGUAACGGAAGCCUUUUUUUGGUGGCAGAAAAGCUUUGGGUUAGGGUUAGAAGAGCUUCCCUUACUGCACUCCAGCCGGAACGAACACGGCCUACACAAUAAUAUUUAGAAAUUUAGCCCG